GGCGGGGGGCGGGGCGGAGCAGCGGGAUACCCAGGCACCAUGGCCGGGCGUCGCCCCUCAGCGCCAUGGCAACGAGCCGCCGCCGCCGCAGCGCGCACGCCACGGGCUAACGGAGUCUGCGGGCUGCGCCCCCCGCCAGCGGGCACGCGCCCAGCGUCAGCGGCGGAGGUGACUCCACCAGGUUUGUGAGAGACGAUGAAUUUGGCAGAGAUUUGUGAUAAUGCCAAAAAAGGGAGAGAAUAUGCACUUCUUGGGAACUACGACUCCUCUAUGGUAUAUUACCAAGGUGUCAUCCAGCAGAUUCAGAGACACUGUCAAUCAAUCAGAGACCCAGCAGUUAAGGGCAAAUGGCAACAGGUCCGGCAAGAAUUACUGGAGGAAUAUGAGCAAGUAAAGAGUAUUGUCAACACGUUAGAGAGUUUUAAAAUAGACAAACCUCCAGAUAUUCCUGUAUCCUAUCAAGAUGAGCCAUUUAGGGAUCCUGCUGUUUGGCCACCUCCAGUUCCCGCUGAGCACAGGGCUCCACCUCAGAUAAAACGUCCUAACCGAGAAGUUAAACCUUUGAGGAAAGAAUCACCAGGAUUGCAGCCGCGAGGGCCUGUGGGCAGAGCACACCCAAUAUCAAAAAGUGAAAAGCCUGCCAGUAGCCGAGAGAGGGAAUCUAGAGCUAAAGGGAGAGAGGACAAGGGAAAGAAAAUUCCACAGGAAGGUGCUGGUGAUGGGGAAAUUCAGAAAUUUGAUGGAGCAGGAUAUGAUAAAGACCUGGUUGAAGCACUGGAAAGGGACAUUGUAUCAAGAAAUCCAAGCAUUCAUUGGGAUGACAUAGCGGAUUUGGAAGAAGCCAAGAAAUUAUUAAGGGAAGCGGUUGUUCUGCCGAUGUGGAUGCCUGAUUUUUUCAAAGGGAUUAGAAGGCCGUGGAAGGGUGUUCUGAUGGUUGGCCCCCCUGGGACUGGCAAAACCAUGCUAGCAAAAGCCGUUGCUACGGAAUGUGGGACAACGUUCUUCAAUGUUUCCUCCUCCACUCUGACGUCCAAAUACAGGGGCGAGUCUGAGAAGCUAGUCCGCCUGUUGUUUGAAAUGGCCAGGUUUUAUGCGCCAACAACAAUCUUCAUUGAUGAAAUAGAUUCCAUCUGCAGCCGCAGAGGCACUUCCGACGAACAUGAAGCAAGUCGCAGGGUCAAGUCAGAGCUGCUCGUUCAGAUGGACGGAGUAGGCGGUGCACUAGAAAACGAUGACCCUUCCAAAAUGGUGAUGGUGCUGGCUGCUACAAACUUUCCCUGGGACAUUGAUGAAGCAUUGCGAAGAAGAUUAGAGAAACGGAUUUAUAUACCUUUGCCAACAGCAAAAGGCAGAGCAGAGCUGCUUAAGAUUAAUCUUCGGGAAGUAGAGCUGGAUCCUGAUAUACACCUUGAAGAAAUUGCUGAGAAGAUCGAAGGCUACUCUGGUGCUGAUAUAACUAAUGUUUGCAGGGAUGCCUCUUUGAUGGCAAUGAGACGGCGCAUUAACGGCUUAACCCCAGAAGAGAUCCGUGCACUUUCUAAAGAGGAACUUCAGAUGCCCGUUACCAAGGGAGACUUUGAGCUGGCUCUGAAGAAAAUCUCCAAGUCUGUUUCAGCUGCAGACCUGGAGAAGUAUGAAAAAUGGAUGGCGGAGUUUGGAUCUGCUUAACCUCAGUGACAUCUCUUCUGUGCUAUAGUUUUUUUUAUCUUUUCCCGUUGUAAACUGUAAAAUGAGUUAGAAAUGUUUUAAAAGGUUUAAUAAAAGGUUUGAUAUA